AUGGCGUCGUCAUCAUCUUACAGAGGAGAAAGGCAAGCCUGGAGGCGUAGCUCCUACAAGCUUCACAAUGGAGAUGGGAGGAAGAGAAAGGUGGAGAACGUUGGACGGUGGGACCUUGGAAGGUGGUUGAAGCAAGCAAGCUUGGCUUGCACAAUGAAUUGUAAUAUUGGCUCCACUCCUGGGAAGGAAUUAUUUUGUUACUUUCAUGUAGAUGGAGAAUUUGUUAUUAGUCCUGAAGGUCAAGUUAGAUAUCAUGGAGGCAGAGUACAUGCAGAAACGAUAAAAGAUGGAAUGACACUUGAAGAUUUAAGGGCAACUAUAUCAGAAUGCAGUGGUUAUGAUGGUAGCAGUUGGGACAUGAAGUAUACUGUCAAGUAUGAUGAGAGGACAUUAAUUAAUCUUGUUGAUGAUAGCGGAGUUAGAAAUCUUUUUGUGCAUAAUGACAUCAUUGCGCAUGUGUAUGUAUCAUUGAAAGGCAAUGAGACUGAAAGACAUAAAAUCAAUGAUCAAGAAAUAAUUGAGACAGAACCACAUGAGAUGACUGAUGCGCAAAUAAUUGAGACAGAACCACAUGAGAUGACUGAUGCACAAAUAAUUGAGACAGAACCACAUGAGAUGACUGAUACACAAAUAUCCGAAAUUGAAAGAUGGUUGGGAUUGUCACGCCAGGAAAUGGCUGUAUCUUAUAUCAGUUUGGGAAACGAUUAUGAGCAUGCAGUGAUGGCCCGCAUGAAGGCCCAAGCUCCAGUGGAGGGAAUGCAGUGGCACAAAUUACUGAGAUGA